UUGGCAACGAAUCGGGCAGUUCUUAUCACUGGAUGUGAUUCAGGAUUUGGCCACCAAUUGGCCAUAGAGUGCGAUAGAUUGGGGUUUCAUGUGUUUGCCGGCGUUUUAAAUGCUGACCUAAAUGGUGCCCAAGAAUUAACUCGUGUCUGCUCUCAAAGACUUCAAGUGUUAAAAAUGGAUGUCACAGAUCCUACAGAUGUGGUCAAUGGUAUCAAACAAAUUGAAUGCUCAGGUCUUCCCUUGUGGGCUGUUGUUAAUAACGCUGGCAUUGCUAUGAAUGCUCCCAUAGAGUGGGGAUUUGAUGUCCAAGAAUUGAAUGAUACGUUUAGUGUUAAUGUUUUCGGUGCCGUCAGAGUCACCAAACAAUCGUUGCCUCUAUUGAGACGAUCGAUGGGAAGAAUUAUUAAUAUAUCCAGUAUUGCCGGUCGGACCACAUUUAAUGGUCUAUGUUUUUAUUCAAUGUCCAAACACGCCAUCAGAUCUUUUUCUGACGGACUUCGCAAAGAAGUUGAAAAUUUGAAGAUAAAAGUCAUAACAAUAGAGCCGGUCCUCUAUCGCACGCCUAUAACUGAUUGGACUCUUAUGAAGACCACUUUGGACAGAGUGUGGGAUCAAACACCUGAAGAUGUCAAAUGUGUUUUCAGUGAUAAUUAUCGCAAUAGUUUCGAGAAGUCGUCGCAACGAGUACUCAAAGCGUCAAGAAAUCAGACCAAAGAAGUGAUUGAUAUUAUAAUUAAGGCAAUUAUUUUGAAAGAACCUCAAAAUAUCUAUAAAUGUGGAGGUCUUCUCGACUUUUUAGUUACAUUUCCUUUUCCUACUGUAAAUAGUAAACAGAAUUUACAACUUGUAUGGAGUGAUGAGUUUGAUGAUAAAGGUUUGGACCCAAAUAAAUGGCAAGUUGAGGAUGAAUGGCUAACUGGAAAUUGUCGGGGCAAUCAUAUCGGACAACUUAAUUGUAAUGUAAAUCAAAGCGAAAAUUUGCAAUCAAGGGACGGAUGUUUGGCUAUAACAGCCACUCGUCAUAAGAAAAAGGGUUUCAAUAAAGAGUACAAUUCAGCAAAGAUUACCACAAGACAGAGCUGGACUUACGGUCGUUUCGAGAUUAGGGCCGCCCUUCCGACCGGCAAAAUGUUGAGACCAGCCCUGUAUAUGAGUCCAAUGAACUCAGGGCAGUGGGCUCUGACCGGACAGAUCGACAUCAUGACCAAUAUUCAGACACAAUCAUUUGGAAAUGGAGUACACUUUAGUGCUUCCCCUUCCAUAUAUAAGCCAGAUAAUUAUGAAUAUUUUACAAAUGCCAGUCUCAAUGACUUCCAUACCUAUGCCAUUGAAUGGAGUGAGAGCCGAGUGGGCGGUAUCUUCUUCCCGAACCAAGUGUUAGAAUUGAGUGACUUUUAUGACUGGGAAUGUUCUGCACUUAUUUUGGACUACAUUAGAGUUUAUCAAUGGACUGACAACCAAGUGGUCCACUCAUUCAACAACACCGAUGACCGCACCUCAAGCCUUGACAUAUGUCUGGAUGUCAUACGAACCAAUUCUGGUGUUUAUGACGAUACUUAUCCCGAAAGGGCGAAGACG